AUGGCAAAAAGAGAAUUUAUGUCUAAGCAAGAUCGAUCAUAUGAUGUUAUAAAUUUUAAAAUAUCAAAAAAACUUUGGUAUGAAGCGUUAAGUCCAACACCUGUACUGAAGUCUUCUGCAACUGUAACUAUACCAAUUCACGUGGCAGAAGAAGAAGAAGAAAAUGAAGAAAUAGACAAUGAAGUUGAAGAGGUAGAAAAUGAAGCAACUGAAGUAAGUGUCCUGGUAGAUUCGACUUUAGUAAGUGACGAACCAAUAUCGGAAGUACCUGCACAGGUCUCAGUAUCAUCAGACAUUGCGAACGUGACGCAACAACCAGUACUGCAAGAUGAAAUUACAGAAGUUCCAUCUCAGCAAGUUGAUGGUCAGGUCACAAGAUUUCCAUGCACUUGCGCUAGGGGUCAGUGUGGUUGUUGUACAGGAACUAUACUUGAGAGAUUUCGAAUGAAGGCAUGUGGCAAUUUAACUUUUGUACCUGAAGAUUUUGUAUUUGAUGUAAGAUUAACUGUUAACAAUAACACUGUUGUGCGGCGAAGAGUUUCCGCAAGCGACCCACCACCUAUAUGCUUCAAUCCCAGAAGAGCACCAUUUGUUCGCGUUUGUGCCGAAAUAAGCAACAUUCGCAUCCGUAAUGGAAACGCAUUUGCUUGUUUGGACAUUAAUGCAGAUAUUGCGCGGUUUCCCAUCUACUCGGCUUCAUUUAGAUGUUUUGGUCUGGGUUCAUCUGGAUUACAAACUGGGUUAAAACCUAAGCCAGUAUCAUCAGGUCCUAAACCAGUAAGUCUUUUUGGUAGCGGUAAUACCAAUGAUGGUACAAUACUCGAUGCAGCUGGAUCACUUAUAGGUGGAAAUAGUGGAGGAAUAUUCGGUGGAGGAAAUGGUCCAUUAGACGCCAUCGGCAACGCAGUAGGUGACUUUUUUGGCGGAAGAGAAAACUCUUCAUCGGAAGCCAAUAUUGACAACAGUACAACUAACAUAAAUAAUAUCGAAGUACCUGAUAGUCCCUUAAUGUUACUCGAUGGAUUAAGUUUACGUCAACUUUCAACAUUGUCGUACUACGGAAGGCAAAAUCCAGAAACAAGCGCACAGAAUUCUACAUCUUCAAGACGUUGUUCUUGCUCCCUUGGCGUUUGCAAAUGUUGCACUGGCUAUCUGUUGGAUUUAAUAAAUCAGAAGGCUUGUAUGAAAAUCACAUAUCAUCCAGGCGACUUCGCAUUUGAUGUUGCAAUGUCUAUGAAUGACAGGAUUCUUUAUGAAAACUCUGUAUCAGGUAAAAAUCCGAGACCAAUAUGUAUAUCUCCUCCAAGAAUCUCGAGUUUAAAAGUGUGCGCAAAAUUUUAUAACGUAUUUUUUCCUGGUAGAAACUUUCACUUUUGUUUAGCAAUGAGUGGAAAAUGGCGAUCCUUUCAAUUAUUCAACUUUGUUUUCGACUGCUUGAGGAUGGGUGCAAACGGCAUUGUCAUGAUUGGCCCUGAAGAAAACGGUGGAAUAGUCGUUCCAAACCCUCAAGGUGGUGUCGAUGCUGUCAUUGACGCCGGAGAAGAUGACAUCGAAGAUUAUGACGAAAAUGUUGUGAAAUCCCUGUUGGAUAUUUUUGAUAAAUAA